CUUAUUACAUCCUACCAGAAAUAGACAUGCACACCCAUUUGGGGAUCCGAAAGGGCCAGACCUGAGCCUCGUCAAUCCCUGCAAAGUCUUCUUCGUUUCAGGGCACUACCAACCAUUACCCUCUGUUUCUCUCUCUCUCUCUCUCUGUGAUCUACAAGCUCUGCUUAUUCCGAUCUCUCAGGUACGCUUCUCGAUAGCGCUAGAUCUGAGCACAAACUGAAAUAUAAUUGCAUUAAACUCAGAUCUGUAUAGUCGUAAAAUCAAAAACCAUGAAUUCGAAUUAUGGUAAGUCCAAAUCCAACUUUGACUUCGAUCUGGGUCUCGGAUCCUCCCGACCCAAAUCCCUCAACGACCAGAAAAACCAGACCACCUCCUCCUCCUCCUACGCCUCGUACUCUUACUAUUCCUCCACCCAACCCAAGACCGCGUGGCAGCCUAACAAGCCCUCCUGGAGCCACCAGCCGGCGCCGACCCAGCCGGCGGCCCGACCGGGGGUCUUGUCCUCUGGGCCCACUACCUCGAUGGUCGGCGACAUACUUGGCAAGAGCUGGACUUCGUCCGGUUCAACGACCGGUAUCGGAAUCGUCGACAAGAACCCGAAUUUAUUCGGCGAUUUGGUCAGCUCGGCCUUGGGCGGUCAGGGUAAGAGCGAUUCCAAUGUCCCUUUGAAGAACGCCACGCCCACGCCGGUAUCGUCGGCGUCGAACAAGAAUAGCUCGUUUUCGAUGGGAAAUAUAGCCGAUUCGUUGCCGAAAACCGGUAAUUCGGUUAGAAGUGGUGGAAAUUGGGGAUCUUCCGAGAGUUUUGGGACUUUUACUAAUGCUAAUAGUGGGGUUAAUGCUAGUAUUAAUAGCAGUUAUAGUAACAAUAAUAAUAGUAAUAAGGUUCCGAAUCUUGGAGGUCCAUCUAUGCGAGGUGUGGGUAGUGGAGGUGGGGCUGGGAUAAGCUCUAACAAAGACCCAUUUGGUUCUUUGGUUGAUUUUGGAUCGAAACAAUCGGGUGGUGGUCUUAAUUCAGCUAGUAAAAGUAGUAAGAUUAAUGCUAGUGAUGGUUUUGGGGAUUUCCAGAAUGCAUCAAAAUCCAGCUCGACCGCAUUCCCCUCUAGUGGUAUUAGCUCAAGUAAUGACGAUUUUAUGGGAGUGAAUUCGGGUUUCAAUUCCAAAAUGAGCGAUUUUGGGAUGCCCGGUGUGGAUUUUGGUUCUAAGAAUGAGACUGUGGUUCAGAGCUCUGCUAGUGAUCCACUGGAAAUGUUAUUCUCGUCGUCCUCAGCUUCGGCCGGAGGUGCUAUUGGAGGACAGCAGAUGUCAGAGGCUGAUGAUUGGGGAUUCAAUUCGGAGUUUGGUGAUGGGGGGAUCGGAGGCCACGAUGUGGGUGGUUCCACGACUGAGCUUGAAGGGCUUCCACCCCCUCCUGCUGGGGUGUCAGCUUCCAUGGCGAAAAACAAGGGGAUGGAUACUUACAAGCAGGGCCAAUAUGCCGAUGCCAUUAAGUGGCUCUCAUGGGCUGUAGUUCUUCUUGAGAAAGCGGGUGAUAAUGCCACCAGUGUGGAGGUUUUGUCGAGCAGGGCGUCAUGUUACAAAGAGGUUGGGCAGUAUAAGAAGGCUGUGGCAGACUGUACCAAGGUGCUAGAAAAUGAUGAAGCAAAUGUUUCUGUCCUUGUACAGCGUGCACUCCUGUAUGAAAGCAUGGAGAAGUACAGACUUGGGGCAGAAGACCUUAGGACUGUUCUGAAGAUUGAUCCUGGUAAUAGGAUUGCUAGAAGUACCGUUCACCGCUUGACCAAGUUGGCAGACUAAAGGAUUUUUUAUCUCCUACAUUCAAUAGCCUUUUUCGUAUAGGUUGAUUUACUUUUUUUUCCCCACUUCCUAUAAGAAAUGCGGGGAAUAAUAACAUUUUGCUCGGAUACAUGAAAGUUUCCGAUAGUUUGUCCCUUUGGAUUUUUACAUGUAUGAUGUAUUGUAUUUGUUCUUUUGCUUGUGACUGGAAAUGAUUCUUUUCUUUUACUUGAAAAUGGAUUUUGAAAUUGGAAAUUGAUAUGCAGUAUGUGCUUUGGUCU